UUCAUAGUCGACUUAUUGACUAUCUUCCCUGUAAAGAUUUUAAAACUCGCCAAAAAGGUGUAUGCAUGUUUGCACAGUAUUGCAGUCUUGCCAACGGAACGCAUCUCGCAUCCUGUAAGGAUGGGUUCAUUUACAUGAGUUGUUGCAAACUACCACCAGGUGUCACCGGUGUAGCGGGUGUAUUUUCCAUUGUGACUAAUGAGAUCGAACCAAUAGUUCCGAAUGGCGAAGGAAAUUUUGAAGAAUCGACAGAAAACUCCAUUAUGAGUAAUUCAGAAACAGAAAACACUGAAAUUACUAGUACGUUCACAACUGCUUCGGAGAGUUUUCCUCAAAUGUCUCACACAACAAACAGAGAACAUACUUCAUCAACGACAUUCCCACCCUCUUCUCCCCAUAUUACAACGUGGCGUCCAAAAAAUACUACAAGCAUUAAUACCGUGUCUCCUGUAAGUUUGUUUCAAACAGGAGCACCAGAGACAUCUACUGAAACAGUUUCUGCUAGCCAUGUAACCAUAGAAACAAUACAAGAAGCGUCCACAGAAUAUCCAUAUAGUUCUACAACAGAAAGAACAAAGAAUACAGCCUCACCGACUCUAGUAGAUGAACCCAGUCCCUUGCUAACUACCAAACAAACUACAAUAGAACAAUUUACUAAUGUAACUGGAAUCCAUAAAGACGAACAAGUCACUAAAACGUGGACCAGUAGUGAGCCUGAAACGGAAACCCUUAGCCCAACAACUGUACCUUCACCAUCAUCUAACUCAUCUACCUCUAACGAAGCGUCGAAUUUCAGAACAGUGUGUGGCAGUCCUCAUUUGGGUCCUGUUGGGAGAAUCGUUGGUGGAGAGACGUCCGAUUUUGGAGAAUGGCCAUGGAUGAUCUCCCUUCGACAAUGGAAGAAAAAUAAGUUCAUUCAUAAAUGUGGGGCAGCCUUACUUAACGAACUCUGGGCAAUCACUGCAGCUCACUGUGUGCAAAAUGUACCUUCAUCUCAACUCCUCCUCCGGCUUGGUGAAUAUAACAUACACAAUGAAAAUGAGCCAAUUAGUCACAUAGAACGACGAGUACAGCUGGUCGCUUCUUAUCCCAAAUUUGACAGGGCCACAUUUGAGUACGAUCUCGCCUUGCUGAGGUUUUACGAACCUGUAACAUUCCAGAGAAACAUACUGCCUAUUUGUAUUCCUUCAGGAAACAAAAACUAUGUUGGUCAAAACGCCACAAUUACUGGCUGGGGUAGGCUCUAUGAAGACGGUCCUCUACCAGACAUUCUUCAAAACGUGGACGUCUCUGUGAUAACAAACAGGGAUUGUAUGGAUAUGUACAGAAAAGCUGGGUACAUAGAAGAUAUACCAGAUAUCUUUAUCUGUGCAGGACUAUCAAAAGGUGGACUGGAUUCUUGUGAGGGUGACUCUGGAGGACCAAUGGUGAUUCAAGAAGAAAAUGGACGAUGGAUUUUGGCGGGAAUAAUUUCCUGGGGAAUUGGGUGUGCUCUUCCUAACCAACCAGGCGUUUACACUCGCAUCACCAAAUUUUCUGAUUGGAUUAAUCAGAUAAUUGUAUUUUAG